AUGGUUAUCAAAUCCAGAGAGAUAAUAUCAAAUGAAAGGCAAGGUAGCGAGAAGCAGGUUGAAGGAGCCGCUCAGGAUGGAAGAUCUGCAUCAUCUGAGAAUCAACACGAAGCCACAUGGGAUCUCGCAGCGGAGAGCAAAGCACGCAGAAAAGUUGACCGUUCGGUACUCUUCCUCCUUUUCCUCGGUCUACUCGUUUUCCAGCUUGAUCGAAUGAACCUCGCCAGCGCACUCACAGCAGGGUUCGCCGCAGACAUCAAUAUUGACCAAGACACAAUCAAUCUGGGAAACCAACUCAUGUUCAUGGGAAUCGUCAUCUUUGAGAUUCCAUGCAACAUGGCAUUGCAAAAGGUUGGGCCACGAAAGUGGAUGGCAGGUCAGGUUUUGGCCUUUGGAUUCACUGCAACGAUGCAGGUCUUUAUCAAGAAUCGCGCUGGAUUUCUAGCUCUUCGGCUCAUGCUAGGAUUUUCCGAGGCAGGAUAUAUCCCGGGAGGAGUAUAUACACUCUCAACUUGGUAUACCAAGCGUGAGUUGUCCAAACGGGUAUCCGUUUUUUUCUUUGGCAUGUUUGGUGGAAAUGCAAUUAGUCCCAUAUUGGCUUCUGGCAUCUUGAAGCUCGAGGGUGCUCAUGGCAUAAAAGGUUGGCAAUGGCUAUUCAUGCUUGAGGGGAUAUUUACAAUAUUUGUGGCAUUCAUCUUACUCUUGUUCCUCCCAGGAACCCCAGACAUUCCUCGACCAUUGAUGGGCCCGGGUCUUGUUCGCUUCUCGUCUUCUGAACAAGAUAUUCUCCAACGGCGGCUUGAGAUAGAUGACCCUGAAGGAAAGAGAUCCGGAGUUCAGGGUCUUGCUAUUGACUGGGCGCUUGUUAGAAGAACUGUCCUCCACUAUCGUCGAUGGCCCCAUUACGUUGCAGCCUUUGCAGUCUUUUCCACAUGGUCAUCUUUGACGACAUACACACCUUCCAUCAUAGUGUCUUUGGGGUUCGAUAGGAUCACUGCCAACGCUCUUGCCGCUGUGGGGGCAUCUCUGGCACUCCCUGUCGUAUUUCUUUUUGGUUAUCUGAGUGAUAGGACAAACCUCCGUGGUGGAACCGUCAUUGCUGGCCACAUUUGUUAUCUCAUCACUUUGAUCAUCGCUAGGCAACUUCACCCACAUGUUGGGAAAUGGUCUCGAUGGGGCCUUUGGACUGCGGUCAACAGUUUUGCCGUAGGCUACCACCCAGUGUCGAAUUCCUGGGUUCAACUCAAUUGUCGAGAGGCUGGUGAGCGCAGCAUAGCUAUCGCGAUGUGGGUUAUGUCAGCCAUUAGUGGACUUAUGGUCGGUACUCAGUACUUUCGCCCAAGUGACACUCCUUUCUACCAAACAGGCCUCCGUACUAUGAUCUCUAUGGUGACUGUUGGUAUCAUCUUUGCGUCACUUCAGAUUAUUAUAUACGUUGUGCAUAAUAAAAGAGUGGUUCAAGGCAUAUAUGGUGGUCGUGGUGGAAGUCCACUAAUGAUCUAUACACCGUAA